ACAGAUUGUUGUUAAAUGUGAGUGAGUGUGUCAGACUUUAGUCGUCUAAAAGUCAUCUAGUGUAUGAGAGGCAUAAUCUACAAGUCUUUGGGCUGCGGGUGAAAAGCUGGAACACCCAGAGGAAGCCCACAUGGACCCGAGGAGAACAUGCAGGCUCCACACGGAAAGGCUUUGGCUGGGAUUCGGCCUUGGGACCUUCAUGAUGAAGGGUUACUGUGCUACCCGCUGCCCCACCACGCCCGAGGUUCCAUCUGGUCUGGAGUCAAUGACGCUGUCCUCCUCCCAAAAUUACGCACCGCAGACACUCAGACAUUUUGAUUCAUGAUGACUGGCUGUUGUAGAUUAACUUGAUUUUAUUUUCCUUCAUUCCAAAUGCCCACUAUCUUCAGGGAAGGUACUGGAACACAAGAGAUUGAUCUGGAAAAGAGGAUCUGAAAGCAGCCCCAGUUCUUAUCAGGGCAGACUGCAGCACCCAGGAUCAGGAAGAAUGGAGAGAACCAGGGGAGAGAGGAGAGAGCCAGCUGUUUCAGAUCUGGAGCCAUUUUCAUCAAACCUUUUGGGAGACAUGUACAAGAGGAGAGACCCGCCUGCUUUAAAUCCAGGGUUGUUUUCAUCAAAGGUUCAAGGUUUCUUUAUUCGUAUCCAGGGAUAAAUGUAUUUUUCAGGCAGGAGAUGCAGCAUUCCACAGGUACAGAGGACAUCAGAGCAACACAAUACAGCAAUACAACACAAAAGACAUCACAAGACAAGUAUAUACGGCUCUUGUACUUUUCAAGAAGUAGGAAGUAAAUCGGCUGGAUUCACAGUUUCCGUAACGACGUAGAACGAUGCCACAUUUGGUCAGAGGAAGCGGACACGUGCUCACAAGUCUGGUGUAUUUUAAACUACGCAUCAUAACUAAGAAUAGCUGGCUUUUGAGGAUGGUGCCGGAAUCAGUCGGCAGUCUGCUAGGCUAUUGUAGCAACAGGAAAAUGCUGGUUUGGUGCUGGUUUCUCUUGCAAUUUUUUUUUCAUCUCAUCGAUGCAGAAGCUGUGUACUGUAUAAAGGAAUUGCCCUGCAAUGUCACUGAGUGCUUUAAAAUUAGGGACUCAGAAAACGUCUGCAGCUCCAUCCAGCAAACAGAACACUGUAGUAACAGUGGAACCCUCAUCAAGUUGAAAUGUGAGGCACAAUUACAAUGCUUCUGCAAUGAAGAAGGUCCGUUUGAACUGGAUGAGCUUCCUGAAAUCCCUGUAAAAGAUCAAAGUAGCAUUUCCAUGGAAAAUGAGGUCUAUCCUGAGAAAACCAAGCGCAAUGAAGAUGACCUAUCCACACCUGAAGUGCCAGAGAGGAACAACACCAACAGGACCGAGUCAUCUGGUUCCAGCAUGACCCCACUGAAGAUUGCUGCUGCUGUUGCUGUUCCUGCUGUUGUUGGUAUUGGUGUUGGUGCCAUUGCAUACUGCGUCUGGAAGGCCCAUCGAAUGCAGGGGCACAAAGACGCAGAGCAGGAAGAGAGAGACCCACAGAGACAGCCCCUGGCACAGGACCAAAACAUAAUGGAGCUGGAAGACAGGAACGGAGAUGGGGAGGAGGAAGUGGUGUAGGAUGAGGAUGGGGAGGGGGAGGGGGCAAUUUGGCACAGCUGUAUAUAAAUAGUAGAAGAUGGUGUUUGUUUUAUUUUUUUGUUUAAUAAAUCAUGACAGCAUUGGACUCCGUGGAUGAUUUCUGUAAUGUACAUCAAAACACCUACUCCCACACCUGUAGUGUAUGGAAGAAAAUAACGUUACAAAAGAACACAUCAAAUGUAACGGAUUUAUCAGUAUAUAUAUAUCAGUCGAUUUAUCAAUGAAUAUAUUUGACUUCUUCAACGGUGAACUAAAUAUUUCAUUUAAUUUAUUUGCCUUUAGUUUUAUAAUGUUGAGUUGACAUCUCAAAAAUUUUACUUCCCAAAAUUCCA